AUGCGUGAAGUCAGAGCUAUGAUUGAUAGCACUGACUCGCCUGUCACGACUACCGCCAAUCCCACAACCACCAGCACUGACUCGCCUGUCACGAUGACCGCCACUCUGACAACCACCCCCACUGAAUCGCCUGUCACAGGUACCGCCACUCCAACCACCAGCAGCACUGACUCGCCUGUCACCACUACCGCCACUCCCACAACCACCAGCACUGACUCGCCUGUCACGACUACCGCCAAUCCCACAACCACCAGCACUGACUCGCCUGUCACGAUGACCGCCACUCUGACAACCACCCCCACUGAAUCGCCUGUCACAGCACCACUGACUCACCAGGCACGAACUACUGCCACUCCCACAACCACCAGCACUGACUCACCUGUCACAACGACCACCACUCCCACAACCACCACACUGACUCGCCUGUCACGAUGA